GGGGGGCAGAAAAGAGAGAUAUAUAGGCUGAAGAGAGGGAAAAAAGAUGGAUUGAGGGGAAGUAGAAGGGAGAGUGAGCUGUGUUCAAUGCAGGCGAGAGAGAGAAAACAGAGACAAGAGAGGUGUGAGAGAGUGUAAAAGAGGCUUGGCACAUACAGAGAGGGGGGAGGUUGGGGCUGCUCACCCACCCACCCCUCCACCUCUUCUCUCCCUCUGGCUUUAAAAAGUGAAACAGCCCUUUGAAGAGGAAGAGAGAGGGGGGCAGUCCUGUACUCCCAUCCAGCCCGGACUGUAAGGAGCAUUUAGUGUGUCGAGGCUAACCCAGAUACCAGACGCAGCGCAGAGCCAGGGAGCUGGCUGAAGACCUGACAGAGCGCAGGCAUGAACGACAUCAAGCUGGCCCUGCUGGGGAGCCAGGGGGCUGGGAAAUCAGCUGUCCUUGUGCGGUUCCUGACCAGACGCUUCAUCGGUGAAUACGCCUCGAACACCAAUUCCCUGUAUCAUAAAAGGCUGUCGAUUGACGGCAGGCAGCUGAACCUGGAAGUUUUUGACCCCUGCUCUGAGAGCUCGGAGGCCAGGUGUAUACUGGAGGAGCCGGUGGACUGGGCAGAUGGCUUCGUGGUGGUGUACAACAUCAGCGACCGCACUUCCUUCAUCAACGCCAAGAACAUCCUGCGGCAGAUUCGGGAGGCGCGCAUGGACAACUGCAAAGGGGAGACGGAGGUUCCUGUGUGUCUGGUGGGGAACAAGCAGGACCUGUGCCACGCCCGGCAGGUACGCGAGGACGAGGGCCGCUGCCUGGCCCAGGAGAACCGCUGCCACUUCCAGGAGGUCUCGGCGGCCGAGAGCUACCAGGACAUCGCAAACCUCUUCACGCAGCUCAUCCGGCAGGUGAUGGAGCACCUGAAGUACCGAGCCGACCGACGACGCUACAGCGGCUCCAAGUCCAUGGCCAAACUCAUCAACAACGUGUUUGGCAAGAGGAGGAAGUCGGUGUGAUGGUUAACAGGGAAGUUAGCGGAUAAUCAGCUAGAGGGACUGGGAUGUUGUGUUUAUGGAUCCAUGUUAAAGGGAACUGACCAAGAGGUUACAUACUGUGUGUUAAAACUGUUGAGUGUAUACACAGUGGUUUAAGUACAGGCUAAUAUUGCAUUACUCUGGAUGAAAACUACCAAACCGUAUUUACAGUAGUUAAAAUUAGCCCAGUCUUAAACAUCUAUAGCAGUAAAAUGCAAUUUAUGCGUCAAUGCAUGACUAAUAUUGAUCCAACAUCGACAGGGCCCAUUUUUACUGCAUAAUGUGUACUUUUACUUUUGAUGUUUACUGAUAAUACUUACACAGUUUUGCUAAAGGUGUGGCUAAAGCCUGGCACACACUAAAAGAUUUUUAAAAUCUUAACUGAUGAAAUGUGAGAGACCACACACGAAUAGAGAAAUAAUGACAGAUUUCACAGUUUUGUUAUAAUGUGUGAUGCCCAACGAAAAGACCAACACCGGCAACCAGUCUGGACUCUCUAAACUCGAAAUCUUGUGUGGUCAAACACAACUUUAGAGUAAACAAACAUGGCGGACGACGAUGUCUCUUGUUGUGCCGCUGUCCUCAGUCAGCUUGCUUCCUGAUUGGCUAUCGCUCUACACGUGACAAUCCACCGAAUUUUCAUCGUAAAUAUUGAAAAUGUUUAAUAUUUUACUCCUCGAUUCCGAGGACGAUCGGGGAGGGUAAAAUCACUCUUAACACACCUCAUACCACAGGAAAAUCUGUCACGAUAAUCUUUAGAAGCACCAGAUAAUAGGGUGAUGGGGGUGGGAGGGUGUUUCGGUCCGAUGAUCGUCUAGUGUGUUCCUCACAGGCUGAGUAAUGCAAGCAGUUAUGUGGUUAAGGUGUAAAUUGUCCGGACCAGGUGCAACAAAGAAAUGAGAAAAAUGUAAAUUAAGCAGCAGUCUGUAUUUGCGAUUCCAAAAACAAGUCUAAUCAAGCACGGAAAGUGAAAGCACCUGUGUAGGUGUAGCAUGGGUGUAGAAAACAAGCCAAAUUUAAGUCAGCUGUGGAGGAACUAUGCAUAAACAUGGACUAAAACCAACAAAAUUCUGAUUUAAAUCAGGAAAUAUUUGAUAAAACAGCGAGUUAACAAGACUAAGAGUGUAACCAAACAUUCAGCAUCAGCUUUCAGUGCUUAGUAGGUUUGGAUAUGGAUGCCAAGAGUAGACACAGCUGCCUUCCAAGCAUAAUUUCCUCCUGGUUUAUUGCUGUAGCUUUCUCACAUAAAAACCCACACAAGACGGUUCAUCUGUUCGUCUUGAAACACAGUCACAACAUGGAGGCAUGCAGGCCUGAUGAGCCAGUGACAGAAAUGUUCCAGCCCUGACCAACAUAUUUACUGAGCAUUCACACAACACCUCAGUCUCCCUCAUCACCGUGCUCACAGUGUGUUACUAAAUGUUGGCCGACGCCGCAGCACGCUGAGUGAACAUGUCGACACACCGUAUACACAUUUCAACGUGCUGCGUUUACGCCUUGCUUUAAGCAUCUUGUUGCAGUUGUGCAACUGUACUGUUGCUGUUAAACUGCCUUUCUGUGUAGUAAUAUGUGGAGAAUGUCUCCUCAGUUCAGUGUUGUGCAGCCUGCUGCUCUGCAGGUUUUAUACUUUAAACGAGGGAAACAAACAUUAUAUAGAGAUAUUUCCUAUUGUUUCAUAAUAACGCUACUUUUUGGAAGCCAUAAUGUUUGUUUAUAGUUGAUUACCCCUGUCCCGUUGAUUGUAAUGUGUCAUACUCAUGGCUGGAUUAACCUCCCAGCACAUUUCAGUUUCAUUACCUCCCCAGGCACCCAGAGAUUGAUCGAUUAGUCAGCUGACAGAAAAUUAAUUGGCAACUGGUUUUCGACUGUUCCUUGCACAAAACAAGCUAUUACAAUAUGUUCACUGGGGCUUCGGGGAAUGCUGAUGGGCCCUUUUCAUUAUUUUCUGACAUUUUACACACUAAACAAUCAAUCAGUCAUUAUGGAAGGUGUUUGUCAGGCGUAUUGAUAAAGAAAAUGAUCGUUGGUCGCAGUCUAACAGUUAUUCUGUGAUAGAAAAGACAUUAUUUGAAUUUAUUCACCAGUACAAUAAAGUGUGUAACCAUUUCAUUGUAUAUUAUGUAUAUAUUAAUGACUAAUUUGAUCAUUCUUGUAUGUUUGUAUGUGUUUGGUCUUUUCAUAGAAUCAGAGGAAUUAAAAAAUACCUUGAAUGUGUA